AUGUCCACCGUAGACGAUCUAUCCAAACUAGUAGAAGACGAGGAGUCCUGCAGACUCCCCGUAAAAGAAUCGUUACUGUCAAAAUACAGGAUUCCCAUACAAAACUUCGAAUACGAGUACAUAGAGAAAUGUACCGAUGGCAAGGAGUUGGAGAAAAUCCUACACGUCCUUAAAUCAGGAGAAGAAGGAUAUUUUCCUCAUCUGAAACAAGCGGCGGAAGAACGAUUGGAGGUAAUCAAACCUAAAAGCAUACUGUUAAGAAAAAACGAACCAGUAAUGAACAAAAAUGACCUAGUUAAAGAUGAAAUGAACGAAAUUUACAACGACCUAGAAUCCUGGAUGACGGAUAUUUCUAAACACAACAAUGAACUAGAGAAGAGGAAGGCGAAUACCGUCGAAUGUGAGUCAAAAGUUAGAGAGUACAAAGAAAGCUUCUGCGACGAUAAAGAUACAAAGAAUAUCGACAAGAGAAUUAAAUCUACAGAUUAUUCUGCUUGGGACAAGUAUGACCCAGACACGGAAAUACUAAAAAUGGAUUUGGAGGAAGAGAACAAAAGAAAAGCUGCCACAGAAGAGAAACCUAAGAGAAGGGGAGUCAUUUUCAACAAAUUUGGUACUGAAGCCGAGGCAAUCUUUGAAGCCAACCGCGAGAAAGAGAAGGGCAACGAAUUCUUCAAAGAGGGAGACUAUGACGAAGCCCUCCACUGCUACACCCACAGCGUCCUCGCGAAACCGUCAGUUGACAACCUAAACAACAGAGCUGUCACUUACGUCAAAUUGAAAAAAUACAAGAACGCUAUAGAUGAUUGUGACAAAGUCCUUGCGAGUGACAGUGGCAACUUGAAAGCUCGCCUGAGAAAGGCAGAAGCUCUGGAGGGUUUGAAGAUGUACGAAGAAGCUAUGGAAUGCGUCAAUUUUGUGAUUCGCAGAGACCCUAACAACGUUGUUGCCCAAGAAUUGGCUGAUAAGAUUCAGAGGCAACGCGAGAAGAAUCUUAAGAACACCAGAAUGAAGAUAGUUGAAAUAGAAUAG